ACUCAACCAUUCCCAGAGCCACCUCCUGGUCUGGCGGAUUUCUCGUGCUUGUUUCGUCUCGGGAUUGUCUCUUGACGCGGAAUCCGGCGUGCGCAAAGGGACCGCCAUGGCUGGCGGUUCCGGUUCCGGUUCGGGGUCCGCGAAGAAGUUACUCCUCGACGACGAUCACGAAGAUGAGGUGGCCGUCGCGAAGGGUUACGUUGGCGAAAAGUUCGAGCUUCGCAUCAACCAGGAGUUCGCCAAGAGGCUCGAGCACAAUAAGCGACGCGAAGAGAUGCACCGAUUGGAGGAAAAGUUCAAGCAGGGCUACCUGCCCGCGGAAAGGAACGCGGGGUUCGGCGGAAGGGGGGGUCGCGGAGGAGGCGGAAGGUUUGGCGGGAGAUUCGGCGGAAGGGGUUGGGGCGAAGGCGGAAGGGGAGGCGGAAGGGGACGGGGUUUUGGCGGAUCUUGGGUGCAAGACCGCCGGUUCGGGCGGAAUGACGACGCGCAGUGGGGAGGGGAGGGGGAGGGGGAGGGGGAGGGGGGGGCGGAAGAAGAGCCGGAGGAUAGUGAGGAGGAGGAGGACGAGCAGGACGAGCAUCUGCUACGCGUAGACCAGGAUGUUAAAUUCGUGGAGGCUCUUUCGCGAAUAAAGAACAAGGAUCCGGAGAUCUUCAAACCCGGUGUUAGCCUCUUCGAUUCGCCCAACGAGUCGUCUUCGGAGGAGGGAGACGACGAGGAAGGGGAUGAGGAUGAGGGAGAGGGAGAGGGAGAGAGAGCAGACGAGGAGGAAGGGCAGGGAACGGCCAAGGCGGACAAGAAGAAAAAGAAGGACAGGGAGGAAGAGGAAGGAAAGGGGAAGAAGGAGAAGAAGGAGAAGAAGAAGAAGGCGGUGUAUCUGAAGGACGUGUUGGCGCAGCAGGCGAUCGACGGCGUGGGGCUCAGCGAUGACGAUGGCGGCGGCGGCAGCGACGUGGAGCGGCCGUCGCGGCAGAGCUACUUCGCGGAGCAGGAGGAGCUGAAGAAGGCGUUCCUCGAGGGCGCGGACGCAGAUGAGGAGGGCGAGGACGAGCUUCUGCGAGUCAAGAAGGCCCGCAAGAACGGCAAAAAGGACCGCAAGAAGGGGAAAAAACGCGCGGAGAACGAGGAGGAUGAAGAGGAGGAGGAGGAGGAGGAUGAGGGGGAGGAGGAGGAGGCGGGGGGGUGGGGCGACCCGGCGGUGAAGGGUGCGGUGCAGAAGCGGCUGGAGGAGUACUUCGGGCGCGACGAGCAGCAGCUCAACGAGGUGGACCGCUACCUCAAGUCGUACCUGCUCGAAAGGAAGUGGGCGGACGACGACGAGGACGCGGGGUACGAGGAGCUACUGGGCGGGCCGGAGGUGGACGAGGAGGACGAGGAGGAGGUGAAGGAGCAGGAGGAGUUUGAGGAGAUGUUCAACUUCCGCUACGAGGAGCCCGGGGGCGCCUUCGUCGCCACCUACCCCAGAGAGAUCGAGGGGUCGGUGCGCCGCAAGAUGGAUGUGAGGAAGCGGGCGCGGCAGGCGCGGGCGGAGCGGCGGGCAGCACUGGAGGCGGAGAGGCAGGCGGAGCUGCGGCGACUAAAAAACCUCAAGAAGAGAGAUAUCCUGGAGAAGCUGCAGCAGAUCAAACUGGUCGCUGGACUGGGGGGAGGUGGCGGAGGAGGAGGGAAGGGAGGAGGAAAAGGAGGGGGACUUCGUGGAAAGGGAGGGGGAGGGUGGGGAGGAGAGGGUGAGUAUGGGGAGGAGGAGGAGGGGGGGCCUAUGGUGGAGCUGUUGGAGUCUGUUGAGUUUGAUGAGGAGUUCGAUCCGGUGCUGUGGGAUGCUAAGAUGAGGGCGGCGUUUGGGGAGGAGUACUAUGGAAAGGAGGAUAAGGAGCUGGAGGAGGCAAAGAAGGAGGAGGAGGGGGAGGAUGAGGAGGUGGAGGAGGAGGAAGAGGUGAAGAAGGGUAAGAAGGGAAAGAAGGCUGCUGCUGCUGAAGAUGGUAGUGAGGAGGAGGAAGAGGAGGAGGAUGAGGAGGAAGAAGCGGAGGAAGAAGAAGAGGAGGAAGAGGAAGAGGAGGAUGAGGAGGAGGACACAGUGAAGAAACGGAAGAAGACAGUUGUUGCUAAAGAUGAUAGUGAGGAGGAGGAAGAGGAAGAAGAAGAAGAAGAAGAAGAGGAAGAAGAGGAAGAAGAGGAAGAAGAGGAGGAGGAGGAGGAGGAGGAAGAAGAGGAAGAAGAGGAGGAGGAAGAAGAAGAGGAGGAGAACAAGGUAAAGAAAGGGAAGAAGGCAGUUGCUGCUCAAAAUGAGAGUGAGGAGGAAGAGGAGGAAGAUGAGGAAGAUGAGGAGGGGGAGGAGGAGGAGGAAGAGGAGGAGGAGGAAGAGGAGGAGGAGGAAGAGGAGGAAUCAGAGAAACCGGACUUUGAGAAGGAGGACGAGCUGUUGGGUCUGCCCAAGGGAUGGAUGGAGGUGGGUUCCAAAGGGUUCGGUGCGGUGCGCCAGAAGCUCAUGAAACAAGGGCUCAUCCCCAGCGCUGCUGCUACCUUGCAAGAGAAAGAGGAAGAAGAUGAGGACGAGGAGGACGGGGAGGACGAGGAGGAGGAGGAGGAGGAGGAAGGAGAUACGGCAAUGGAUGUGGAUGAAGAGGAGGGGGAAGGGGGAGGGAGUGCGAGGGCGAGGAGGAAGCGGCAGCAGAUGUCGCUGCGGGAGAAGAUGGCGUUUGACAAGCGCCUGGAGGAGUACUACAAGCUGGACUACGAGGACAUGAUCGGCGAUCUCCCAACCCGCUUCAGGUAUCAACAGGUUAAGCCCAACAAUUACGGCCUAAAACCCGAGCAAAUCCUGCAGCUAAGAGACACGGACCUGAACCAGAUCGUGUCGCUUAAGAAGCUCGCUCCGUACCAGCCAGAGGAGUGGCACGUGCCUAAGUGGCGGCGGCGGCAGGUGCUAAGCGCGGCACUUAGGGCGCAGCAGGAUGAGGAAGGGCGGAAGAGGAGGGAGGCCAAGGGCAGGAAGAAGGGGAAGGGGAGGGAUGGGAAGGGUAGGAAGAGGGAGCCGUUUGAGGGGGCAACGGCGGAUGGGGACGGAAACAGAAAGAGGAAGAGAGGGAAAGAGGGGAGGGGAAAGGAAGAAGAGGAUCAGGCGGAUGAGGCGAAGCAAGCACGGGGCGAGAGGAAGAAGGGGAAGCAGGCGGAGGCAGUGGUUGGAGGACUGAAGGAGGAAGGGGAAGAGGAGGAGGAGACAGAGGAGGGGACGAAGGCUAAGAAGCGGAACAGAAGGAAGAAGCAGCAGCAGGAGCAGCAGCAGGAGCAGCAGCAGGAGCAGCAGCAGGAGCAGCAGCAGGAGCAGCAGCAGGAGGGUCAGCAGGAUAAGGGCGAAGGGAAAGAGACAGGCAAGGAGAAGGGGGGGGAGAAGGAGGAGAGGGAUGAGUCGGGUAAGUGGAGGUGGAGGAACAAGGAGACAGGCGGCGAGGGCAAGGUUGGGAAGGGGGAGGGCGGGCGCCGCGAGAAGCAGAAGCAGCAGAAGAAGUAUAAGAAGGGGAAGAGCGACCAAGGGGCAGGGGCGAACGGUGAAGGUGAAGGUGAGGGGGGGAAGGGGGAUGCGGAUGGUGAUGCGGCCGCUGGUCCAAAGCUGAGUAAGGCGGUGAAGAAGAACCUCUUGCGGAAGCAGAAGAGGCACGAGAAGAUGCUUCUAGAAGGCAAGGAUGGGAAGCAGGCGCUGUCGGUGUCGCGGCUGCAGUCAUACGGGGUGAUUCCCGUUGAGAAGGAGAAGGGCGAGGGGAAGGGGAAGAAGGACAAGGGAAAGGGGGAGAAGACGGGGAAGGGAAAGAAGCACUGAUGUGGCUGAUGCGGUGCGGUGCUGGCGGUGUCGCGGCUGCAGUUGUACGGGGUUAUCCCCGUUGAGAAGGAGACGAAGGGGAAAGAGAAGAGUAGGGGGAAGGGGAAGGCGGACAAGGGUAAGGGGGAGAAGGGGAAGAAGGUUUGAGAUGACUCGCUGGCGGUGUCGCGGCUGCAGUCGUACGGGGUUAUAAAUUGCUGUUAGUGUCGUGGCUGCAGUCAUACGGGGUGAUUCCUGCUGAUAAGGAGAAGGGGAAGGAGAAGGGGGAGGGUAUGGGGAAGCAGGAAAAGGGGGACGAACUGGAAGGAGAAGGGAAAGAAAGGGGGGAGAGAGGCGGGAGAAGAGGGUGAAGCACGAGUUGGUGGUUGAGGGGAUGGCUGCCUCGUGGAAGAGUGGGAGGGGUUGGCUUGGUGGGCGCUGUGAGUUUUGAUGCGCGCCUGAAAGCUAGCCGUGCGUGAUGGAUGGUGGAAGGGCAGGGUAGGGUGCCCUGUGGAAGAGUGGGAGGGGCAGGCCUGGUGCGGCUUGCUGAUUGUGCCUUGUUGGGGCACUUCCGUGCGGUUCAAAUGUGCUGAGAGCAGGGAAUGCUGAUUUGUCUGAAGGCGGCAAGUGUGUGCUUGAGGCACAUGUACUGCGGCUUGUGGUGUGGGGGAAGACGGGUUGCGUUGGGAUGGUGUGUGCUGUGGAUGCAGAGUGUGGGGGUGGAAGAGUGUGUUCGGUUCGGAUGAACGUGAGUGGGGCAUUUGAGGCAUGUGCCUUCUAGGGGCACAUGGAUGCAUGGAUACAUGGGCAUAUGGAUACAUACUAGAGGGCAGGGAGGGUGUGGUUCUAUGGCAGAUUCACUUGGCACAAUUGGUUGACUUGGGCUGACUCGGUAAUGCUCAAGAUGUGUGGUGUGGGUGCUAGCUCCUGACCAGGGGUGAAGGUCGACAUUCCCAUUGCAACCCAACCAUUAUGCUGAACCAUUUUUGGAAAGUGCUGGCGCCCAUUGAAACAUAUUGCACUCAAGGAACUGUUGCUUUGUGGCUGUGGUGUGGACUCGUGUUUGUUCAACCGUCUAUCGGUGCUGAGGUUGUCGCUCCCUAAUUUGUCCCUAUACGCUGUCACUCCCUCCUCCCCCAGUCACCCUCCCUACUUCAGCGUCUUCAGUCUGCUCCUUGGUAAGCAGCCAACACCCCUUCCACCCCUUCCACCCCUUUCACCCCUUCCUCCGGCUGCUGCUUUUUGCGGCUAUGAAGUAACUGAUCUAGGUAGUAGUUAGUUGUACUAUGCGCCAUGACGGGAUCAGCGAGCGGGGGGCCUCGCGUUACCGCUCAUGCAUCCUUUGAAGAUCAGGUAGGUAGGUACAAGGUGAUCGUGAUGUUGAGGAAAUCGGAGAUCCGACCCCUUGCCGACUCGCUUCGGAAGCGACGUUCAAGGACGUCUGCAGUGAGGCGACUGACCGGUGAUAUGAUACCCAACAAAAGCUUGAUGUGUUGUUUCCCUUGCUAGAACUUGAGUGCAAUUCUGGAUUGUGUCGAGCUUGACGUUGCCGCCAGUGGUGGAGCUGUUGGUGGCAGUGGAAGCUACUAGAGGUCCAUCGCUCCUGGCUCCUCCUUCAGCUUUCCCCAGCUUUUUCCUGUUUCUCUUUUUUCUACUCACGCGCUGUGUUACUUGCUCAACGUGUGAACAAGAGGAGAGUCUUGACAGAGGAGCAGCACAUGCGUCCUGACUACCGAGGAACACAUAACCGAGGAUUAGGAGGGUGGCUGAAGAGGAAGUAACUCGGCUAACCAGACAAGAAAGGUGUGUCGAGAGCAAAAGCUCACGACAGCAACGGAAAACGCGCUGUGCCAGCCGGGAAUCGAACCCGGGUCUGCACCGGGCACAUGGCAGGGUGCUAUUCUACCACUAGACCACUGGCACUAUUAGAUGCUACGUGAUGAUUCCCUAGUGCUUUUAGUGAAUUUUUUGACACCUAAGUACCACACUGGAACAUGUGUACAGGCACUGCCACG